AUGCACAACUACCAACGUCAUCUUGUCUCGACUACUGCUGGGUGUUCUGCAACUCCUCAGGUUCAGACUGGCCCUACGACGUCCGCGCCAGCCACUGGCCCUCGCUUCCGCUACAAGACAUCUCAAGCCCAUAGUCUCAAUGCUCUUGCAGCUGCUGCCAGGCUUAGCGAGGAAGAUCCAUCCAGUUUACCUAAUCCCCACUCAAGCUCUGCAGCAAUGGUGUCAGCGCCCACCAGCCAUUCACAGUCUACUACGCAUGGUCCGAUGGCACCGGUAUCACUGCAUCUGACCAAUGAUUCGGCUAUGAAUACCAGUAACAACAAGGAGAUCCUCGAACGCUGGUGCGAAGCUCUGGGAAACAAAUACGAACUGAAAUCAAGCCAGUACUCUGAUCUGCUUGAGAUGGCUCAUCUAGGACUGCAUCUCGAUCUCGCGGAUAUGCAAAUGCGACUCUACUUACAAGCUACGACAUUGCAUAGCAUGAACCUCCUCGCGUCACAGCUCGUCAGUUACCAGGAAUACAGAGCUGUCAUGCAGGAGGUCCAAGCUAUGCUCGGUGCUAACUGGGGUGUCAGUGAAGACCAGAAGUCUGUCAUUAGAAUUGUUACUCGUGACUUCAUCUUCCAAGCCAACCGUACGACAUACACGCAGAUUCAUAUUGAUGUAGAGGCCCAUCUGCACAACAAUGCCCCUACGCUCGGAUUUACCAAUGUUUAUGGGAAUCCGCAGCGCGAGAUCCUGGGUGGUAUCUGCCAUGCCCAAGGAAUGUCAACAUGA